AUGCUUGAUCUUAAAGAUCUAAAAAAUCAUUUUACAUUUUUGAAGACCGAUUUCUUUGCUGUUGUACUUGUGUUGGUAAGUCAAAAGCGUGCUUUCACCCUGUUAGAUCGUUUAUUGAAAUGCACUCUUAUGCUCGACCAUUUAUUUGAAGAGAACAUGUCCUCAGCUGCAGUGAGACCAAAAGGAGGAAGGCGACAAGACGGAGGCUAUCAAACUUUUCCAAAUUCAAAUCAAAAUCGAACCUCUAAGAAUAAAUGGAAUAACAAU